AUGGCCUCCACUAAGACCCUAACCGCCGCCUGUCUCUGCAAAAACGUGCACUACAUCCUCACCCUCGCCACAGACCUGCUCCCAUUAAAGGCGCAUCUCUGCAGCUGCACCAUCUGUCGUCGCACCCAUGGCGCACCCUGCUCAUUCCACGCCCCUUUACCAUCAGACAUCGCACCUGAAUUCAUCGCUCCAUCCAGCCUCAGCAAUCUAACUGCUUACACACAUGCCAAUUCAUGUUCCACCCGGUUCUUCUGUCCCACCUGCGGCUGCCACAUCGGCGAUCGCGACCUUACCAGCAACGACUGGUUCAUCUCAACCGCGCUCUUCGAUGCGAAUUCUAACGAGGCCUGGUACGAGAUUGACUCUCAUUGUUUUACCUACUCUAGCGCGGACGGGGGAAUAUCAAGUCUCCUCCCCAGGGUAAAUGGGAAAGAUAUCAAGAUCUGGAACCCCGCGCCAGAGGCAGAGCCAGAGUCAAAAAAGCCUGAGUCUAUCCCCAGUGAACUGCAUCUGCAAACCGGCUCGAACGAGCUCCUAGCACAAUGCCAUUGCGGCGGUGUCUCGUUUACCAUCUCCCGACCUAGGAACGAAUAUAUUAAUACCCCAUCAUCCAAAAAGUGGAUCGAUCAAUCCGACACGAGGAAAUGGCUUGCGCUGGUAGACGUCUGUUCGGACUGUCGACUGGUAACGGGGUCGAAUGUGAUUAUGUGGAUGUUUGUUCCUACGGAUCAUGUCACGCCACGGCCGCCUGCUGAUUUACUCUUCGGGACGCUGGCGGCGUAUGAGUCGAGUGCGGGGGUGCGGAGGACGUUCUGUGGGACGUGCGGUGCGACGGUGUUUUACUCCCAUAAGGAACGGCCGGGGAUUGUUGAUGUUGCUACGGGCAUUCUGCGUGCAUCUGAGGGUGUUAUGCUUGGGGAUUGGGCGGUUUGGAGGACGGCUAGAGUGGGGUUUGUUGAGGAUGGGUUGAAGUAUGAUUCUGCGUUUACGAGGGGGUUGGAGGAGGGACUUAGGGCGUGGGGGGUUAGGAUGGAUGGUGAGAGUAGGGACUUUGUUGUUGGUGCUGAGACUCAUCGUGCUGUUGAGGACUGA